GAAAUUGUAAAAAUUAAAAAAUUAAAAAUGUUUUUCUUUACAGAUACUAAUAUAAAUGAUAUUCAUGAUAUGAUUGCUGAGCUUGGUGGAAAAGAAGAAAAAGAAGUUACCUUUGAACAAGUUCAUGACUAUUUAAAGAAUGUCAAAGACUGUAAAGAUCCAUUUUUUGUUGCAAUAUCAAUAUUUAGAUCUUUAGACACAAAUUGUGAUAGUAAAAUUUCUCUAAAUGAAAUCAAGACUCACAAAUUAUUAACCUUUGCCAAACAAUGGGGAGGAAUUCUUGAAAGAAACAUUAAUAAAAUGUUAUUAGAAUAUGAUGAUAACAAUGAUAAUGUAAUCACUUGGGAGGAAGCACGUAAUGUCUUCAGUACUGACCCAGAUAUAGGUGAAAAUGGUUGUGAAAUCAGCACUAAGAAUCUUUUCCACACCAUAGAUUCUAAUAAAGAUAGGAAAAUUACCAAAGAUGAAAUAAAAGCUUACUUAGAAAACUUGAAAAAAUAGAUAUUUCCCCAAUGAACCAUGGAUUGUUUAUUCAUUGGUUGCAAAAUCAUUAAUGGUUUAUAAAAAGUAAUUAAAUAAAAAUACAAUUGUUUUUUUUGAAAAUU